CGCAUUUCCACUCAUUCCCUCAGUCUUCUUUUUUAUCUCUCUCUUUUGUUGGAUUCAAACAUCACUCCAUUCUCUGAUUCUUGACUACAUUCUAUUUCAUCAUCCACAAUUUUUUCGUUAUUGAAACCCUUCUUUGUUUUCUCUCUCUCUUCUGAUUGUAUUUCGUCAAUUUUCACACACACACACAACCAUCUUAAACCAUGGCGUCCAAGUCAAACAACGAGGGCAAGCCCAACCUGUACCGCAUCCCGCCGUACUACUACCUGCACGUUCUGGACCAGAACACGAACAUUACACGCGUCGAGGUCGGCCCCAAGACGUUCAUUCGCCAGGACCACGAGAAUGUCAUUUACGGCCCCGAGAAGAUGAUUUCAAUCCCUCCUCGCAACUAUUGCAUUAUCGAAAACCCGGUUGCGCGCGAUGCCAAGGGCGACAUUAUCUUUGAGGACGGCCAGGUCAAGCUGCGCCACGCCGACCAGGAGAUUCGCCUCGCCAAGGGCCGCUACGUCGACCCCUUUGCCCUGUACCCCGGCGAAGUCCUGUUUGGCAAGAUCACUCCCCUGCGCACUGUUCCCGCCAACUCUGCCCUGCGCCUUCGCGCCGUCCUCGACUUUUCCGAGGAGGACGGCACCAAGCGCACUGCCGGCGACGAGUGGCUCUUUGAGGGCCCUGGCACGUACAUUCCCCAGGUCGAGGUCGAGGUUGCCGAGACCAUCCGCGCCACCAUCAUCAAGGCCAACCAGGCUCUCAAGCUCCGCGCCCGCAAGGACUGCGUCGACCGCGAUGGCGUCGUCCGCGUCACUGGCGAGGAGUGGAUUGUGAGCAAGGUUGGUGCCUACCUCAACGGCGCCUACGAGGAGGUUGUCGACGUGGUCAACGCCUUUGUCCUGACUGACAAGAAGGCCCUGCACCUGCGUGCCACCAAGACCUUCAAGGACGCCUACAACCAGGUCCGCAAGAACGGUGAGGAGUGGCUCAUCACCCUCAAGGACACUGAGGCGCACAUCCCCUCCGUCUACGAGGAGGUUGUUGGCAUUAUCAACAUUACCACCAUCACCAACCGCCAGUACGCCGUCAUUCUCGACCCUGUCGGUGCUGACGGCAAGCCCCAGCUCGGCCAGAAGCGUCUUGUCAAGGGCGAGACGUCCUUCUUCCUCCGCCCCGGCGAAUCGCUCGAGCGCGGCAUCCAGAGCGUGCACGUUCUCGGCGAGGACGAGGGCCUGAUUCUCCGAGCCAACGAGGAGUUUGUCGAGCAGGUUCAGGGCGGCGCCAACAUUAAGCGCUCCCCCGGUGACCGCUGGAUGAUUCGCGGCCCCGUCGAGUACGUGCCCCCCGUCGAGAUUGAGGUUGUCUCCAAGCGCAAGGCCAUCCCGCUCGACGCCAACGAGGGUAUCUAUGUCCGCGACACCAAGACCGGCAAGGUUCGCGACAUUAAGGGCAUCACGUACAUGCUCAACGAGAACGAGGAGCUUUGGCAGAAGGAGUUGCCCGCCGCUGUCGAGCAGCUGCUCGUCUCUGGCCGCGAUCCGCUUGCCGAGCGCUCUGAGCGCGACCCCCCGGCUGCCGGCAAGGCUCGCGACAUGACCCGCAUUGUCACCUUCCGCGUGCCUCACAACGCUGCCGUCCAGAUUUACGACUUUAAGGAAAAGAAGGCCCGCGUUGUCUUUGGCCCCGAGCUUGUCAUGCUUGGCCCCGACGAACAGUUCACCAAGCUUUCGCUCUCUGGCGGCAAGCCCAAGCGCCCCAACGUGAUCAAGGCGCUGUGCCUGCUCCUCGGCCCCGACUUUUUCACUGACAUUAUCACCAUCGAGACUGCCGAUCACGCUCGCCUCCAGCUCCAGCUCUCGUACAACUGGCACUUUGAGGUCGACCAGAAGAACACUGACGAUGCCGCCAAGCUCUUCUCGGUGCCCGACUUUGUCGGCGACGCUUGCAAGGCCAUUGCCUCUCGCGUUCGUGGCGCCGUUGCCUCUGUCCAGUUUGACGACUUCCACAAGAACUCUGCCAAGAUCAUCCGUGCGUCGGUCUUUGGCAUUGACGAGAAGGGCAAGGUCCGCGACAAGUUUGUCUUCCCCUCCAACAACCUCUGCAUCACCUCGAUUGAUAUUCAGUCCGUCGAGCCCGUCGACCAGCGCACCCGCGACGCUCUGCAAAAGUCCGUCCAACUCGCCAUCGAGAUCACCACCAACUCGCAGGAGGCUGCUGCUCGCCACGAGGCCGAGCGUCUCGAGCAGGAGGCCAAGGGCCGCCUCGAGCGCCAGAAGAUUGAGGCUGAGGCCGAGGCCGAGAAGGCUCGCCGAUCGCUGCUCGAGCUCCAGGCCCAGUCCGCAGCCGUCGAGUCCACUGGUCAGGCCAAGGCUGAGGCCCAGUCCCGCGCUGAGGCUGCCCGCAUUGAGGGUGAGGCUGCCGUCAACCAGGCCAAGCUCAAGGCCGAGGCCAUGCGCAUUGAGGCCGAGUCCGAGCUCGAGCGCUUGACUGCUGCCCGCGAGGCCGAGACCAAGUACGUUCGCGAGCAGAACGAGCUCGAGAUUGUCAAGACCCGCGACAUGGCCGAGAUUGAGACCCGCAAGUUUGAGGACACUGUCAAGGCCCUCACUCCCGAGACGCUCCGCUCCAUCUUCUCGGCAGAGAGCGAGUCCAAGGUCCGUCUGCUCCAGGCCCUCAACCUCCAGUCGACCAUUUUCACCGACGGCAACUCGCCCAUCAACCUGUUCAACACUGCCAACGGUCUUAUCGGUGCUGCCGGCGCUGCCGGCGCUUCUGGCGCCAUUGCCAACAAGUAAACGUUUGUUGGUGUUGCCUGUGAAUGCCUGUUAAUGUUUGAUGUGUUUUGUUCUCUCCAAAUAAUCAACUCGUUCAUUUUUGGA